CGUCACGAUUGGAAAUUCCUAUAUAAGAUCAUAUCACACAUCUGCACUGUGGCAUUGACUGUGUAUAUCAUAUCAUAACUCUUGGGUAAGCGAUAUACUACUGGUGCCUUUAUUUGGAAAGAAGAAUUCGGAGAAUAUGAUUUUUAUAGAAUUGCUGGUUUCCUCCCUUUUUGUUUCUGCAUCUUUCAUGAACCCAACGGAUGUUGGACCAACCUACAUGGACGAUGCUACUAUUGAUACAGGGAAAACAAGUUUUCAAAAGUUCCAAUCCAAGAGUGAAUUUCCAGUCUACGGAUAUUGUUGGAAAGAAUUAAUCGUUUCAUUAGAAAAAGGAUGCAAAUUUUUAACAGCUGAAAUUCAUGGGAAACUGGCACUUUCAUUCUUAAAUUGCUUCUUACAAAUGUCAGGACGUCCAAUUUAUGAAUGUGAUGAUCAACAGAAGUUUUUAGAAUGUACGCAAAGUAUGAAGGAUACUGACCAUAUUUUACUGUUAAACUUCUUUAUUGACACAAAAAGUAUGUGUUAUUUUUUAGAGGUACAAGUUUGGAACUACGAGACACAACAAACAAUAAACAGACUGACUCACAUAUUAGGAGAUGUUAAUACACAACUGGAUCAUGGUAUUAUUAAUCCAAUAAUGCAUUAUCUAAGAGAAACUCUAAACAAAUUCGAAAAAUUGUCCGAUUCGAAUGCGUAUUUACAUGACAUGUUAAGUAAAGUAAUUAACAAGUCUGAGGAACAAGAUCAGCUUUUAAGUCAAUUUAAUCAUAUCGUUUCCCAAAUUUCCUCAUGGUCCACUGUUUUCUUUUCCUUGUUAUCUUUUACUUGUGUGUUAAUUAUAUCUUUUCUUUUAACAUCAACACCAUUAACUAAAUCGGCAAGACCAUGGUUACUUUUUAUAGCAGUUAUCACCUUCUGGAUAGAGGAAUAUGCAAUAGUUUGGUGGAGAUCACUUAGAAAUCAACAGACAGGAAGUGAUUUGGAACAUCAUACGUACAAGGAAGUAUGGCGGGGCAUUGCAUGUCUAUUAGCGAUAAUUGCAUUUGGUUAUUCGGCAAUUUGUGGAAAAGAUAAACCAAAAGAAGAUAAAUCGGAUUAA